AUGUUGGAGGAGGAAAACAACCAGGAGUUCGAGACAGAAGAGCUGGAAGAGAAGCAUGGUGGGGACGUUCCUGAACCCAGGUUGGCUACCGACGCGAGGGACCCCUCUGCAUCUGCCACAUCUGCUUCUUACCCAAGGCCUCAUGUCAAGCAGGUCAUUGCGAGGAAAUUUUUUGUGACAAGGCCAGGAGCAUUUGACCAAGCCAUAGAAGACAUCAACACCCACGUCAUUGAGAAUGCAGGAGAAACCGUGGACAGCUUUUGGCUUCUGACUGAGGUGGAUCACUGGAACAACGAGAAGGAGCGGAUCGUGGUGAUCACGGACUCUGCCCUCCUGGUCUGCAAAUACAACUUCAUCAUGCUCAGCUGCCUCCAGGUGCAGCGCAUCCCUCUCAGCCACGUCGACCGUGUCUGCAUCGGCCAGUUCACCUUCCCCCAGAGGUCUCUGAGCAAGAGAGAGGGAGAAGGCUUGCGAAUCCACUGGGAUAAUCUGAAAGAACCGUCUUUCCUGUCCCGCUGGAACCCGUGGUCCACGGAGGUCCCGUAUGUCACGUUCAUGGAGCAUCCAGUGAAGGGCAGCAGUCAGAGGUUCGGUGCCAUCUGCCAGAUGUCCAUGUUCAGUGCUCAGCUGGUCCAGGCCAUUCAGAAAGCCCAGAGGAAGAACCCGCCACCAGGCAACCCCACCGGAGUUGUGGUGCUCAACCAGCCCCUCUUGAUCGACACCCACGUGGGGCUAAUGUCUUUCAUCGGCAACCACAACAAGCUGGGUUAUGCCAUUGCCCGCGGGAGCUUUGGCUUUUGA